AUGGCUUCUUUCAAACUAGCCAUCAGAAUUAUGAUAACUUUUUCCCUUUGCUUUCCAAUCCUUCAAGCUGAGGGUGCUACUUCGUCUCCUGAGAAAGUUAAUCUAACAGUGUACUAUGAAAGCCUCGGCAAACCUUGUGCUGAAUUCAUCAUUAGGAAUCUAGGCGAAGUCUUUAAUGGAGACCUCAUUGAUAUCGUGAAUCUGCAGCUAGUCCCUUGGGCCAAUGCUUCUAUCAACAGCACCAACAACUCCAUCUCAUGCCAGAACGGCCCAGAUGAAUGUAAGCUGAACUCUUUGGAAUCCUGUGUUCUUAAUCUGUGGGAUGAUGUGAACAAAAAUUAUGCUUUGAUUUACUGCUUUGAAUUCCUGGUAAUUGAGGGAAGGCUCGAGAAGUGGGAAAGUUGUUUCAGUGAGUUGGAUUUGCCUCAACAGCCUGUUCUCAAGUGCUACAACCAAGGCAAAGGAACACAGCUGGGAAGAAAAUAUGUAAAUGAAACAGCAAAUCUUAAGCCACUUUGUAAAUUUCUCCCAUGGGUGAUGGUGAACAAUCAAUCAAUUGGAAAAGACUACGCAAAUUUUACAACUUUUGUUUGCAAGGCUUAUAAGGGCCCAACUUUACCAGCAGCCUGCCAUAAACUAGAAAGCAGCUAAUCAAUUUGUGAAAUGAAAUUAAAAAAAAGAAAAAAGAAAAACAAAGCAAUUCUUCUUUUCUUAAUUUCUGGAAACGCUUAUAGUGAUAAAGGUACUAUUAUUCUGGCCAUAAAAAUGAUUGCUGGAGAGGUUCUUUGAAAAGCCUUCAACAAUACGGAAACUGCAGAGUAUCGCAGAUAUUAUAACCUGGUCUAUCUCAGGGUUGCAUCAGCUUGAGUUUUUUACGGAACUCACUAAUUUUAACCAACUUGAUUUGUACCCAGAAAAGGAAAAAAAGAGCAACUUGGAUAUAUGAUGUCACCAGAGACGAAUUAUUUGAAACAACAAUUUACAUGAAACCCUCGGUGGCCUUUCUAUGAUUCAACGAGGUGGAGGGUGUCAGAAUACCAGGAUUUAGAGAGAUAUAGAAUAUGAACUC